UCUUUGUUAUCAAAGAGCUCCCUCCUGUGGUUGAUAAUAAGUCCAGCGCAAAUGUAUGGUGUGGUAAUACCUGAUAACUGAUAACAGCUUCCACCAAUAAAACAAGAAAGCUCGUCGACGUCAAUGGCAAACGUAAGCCAAUGGGAUUCGUAAGAGGCGACGAAUGGGCGGGACUUCAGCCAUUUGCGUCCGCAAACGUUGUUGUUGGAAGAGAAGUCGAUUCAAGAAGCCAUUACGCUGCGCAAUUGUGUCAGGACAAAAACGUACUAUUUUUACGUAUUCUACGCAAUUUUAUAUUACCCCCCCUUAAGUCCAAUUAAAUACGUUAUGGCAUCUCAGGCCAAAAAGAGAAAAACGAAUUUCUCCGAAAGGGAGGUGGAGAUCAUCGUGGAGGAGAUGGAGAAGCAAAAACACAUUUUGGUCAAUCAUUUUAACGCGGGCGUCACGCACAUCGCCAAGAACAGCGCGUGGAUGGAGAUCCUGAAGCGCGUGAACGCCGUGAGCACCUGCCAGCGCGAGCUCGCGGAGGUCAAGAAGAAAUGGUCUGAUCUGAAGACGGAGGUGCGGCGAAAAGUGGCCCAGGCGCGGGCGGCCAUGGAGGGCACCGGCGACUGCAGCAGCGUGCCCGUCAUCCUGAGCUCCAUGCAGCAGCGCAUCUGCAAUCUGCUCGGAGAAGCCACCAUCAUCAGCCUUCCUGCGGCGGAGGCGGCCGCCGAGAUCACGGUGCCCAUCAGCUCCGCAGCCGCCGCCGCGUUAACGCAAAGCAUUCAGCCAGCGGCUGCAGCAGCGUGUGAGAUUAAAACUCUUGAAGCCGAGACGACGUACCACACGCUGGAGGAAGGCAUGGUGGAGUACUGCACCACCGAGACGCCGGUGACCGUGACCGCGGAGGCUCCGGUGGAGAUGCUGGCGCAGGCCGAGUGCAAGCCGCAGGAACUGAAGAGCCGCAUCGCGCUCAACUCCGCCAAACUGCUGCAGGAGCACCGCGUCACCAACCUGCACGUGCGCGAGAUCGCCCAGCACCUGGAGAACCAGAGCGACCUGCUGCAGAUGAUCCGCCGCUCGCAGGAGGCCCAGGCCUGUGCUCAGGAGAGACAAGCCCAGGCUCUGGAGGGGACGCAGGCCGCCCUGCUCGCCCUCAUCCAGAUGUUCAGACCCGCGCUGAAGGACUUGAGGAAGUUUCUGCAGAACGCCAACAGCACAAACACUGUGCCGGCGGCUGCCGCAGAGACUGGAGAAGGAGCGGAGAACGUGCCGCCACAGACAGAAGAUGCACAAUAGAGACAAGUGUGUGUGUGUUUGUGUGUGUGUGUGACGUCUGGUCUAGAAUAGACUGUAAAUUAUUGUACAGCACGGUGCCUCAAAGAGUUUGUGCUUAUGUGUGUGUGUGUGAAUGCUUCAGGGAUAGAAUGAAAUGAGGACUUUUAUGAGUGUUUUAAAGAUGUGGCCAAAAUACAAAAGUUAUACUUUACAAAAGACUAUUUUUGCUUUUGACAAUUUGAAGUUACUGUAAAGUCUUUUCAGUUUAAGUUGCUUACAUUCGGUUGCUUAAAAAUCAAGUUUCAGCACAUUUUAUUUAAUUUAUGGUGUGCAAUCGACCCUAAAACAAACAUGCAAAACCCAAAUCUGGGUCAGAGACCUACAGAAAACACAGUUUCAUGAGGAAAAGCCAGCGGUUCCAGUGACAGAAGACUUUGUGGAGGCUUUCGUUUCUUUAGCCUUUGAGAAUUUGCCAUUUUUAUUUAAGUAUGCUAAAUAAAGAAACUCCACACGUG